UAAUCAUGCCACAAAUAAAAACGUGUGUACUUUUAAGUGUAUUUUUGUUUAGUUCUUGCGACUGUGGUGAUGUGUUUCACGGAGGCAGCAAAAUAGUUUUUUAUCCAAGUUAUCCAGCCGAAUAUUUUGGCUACGCAGUCGCUAUUGGUGAAUCUGGGCUCUUAGUCGGUGCUCCAAAGGCUUCAACCAUCGGAUUGAAGAAAAUUUCAGCCGGCGUUGUAUUCAACUGUCCUCUUAAAAAUCUACAAGCUACGAGUACAAAUGUUUCCUGUACGCCCUUGAAGAUAAAAGGCUCAAAUAGCCUUCGAAAUGGGAUGUGGUUUGGUGCUAGUUUGGCAGUAGGACCUACGGGGAAAACUGUGAUCUGCGCCCUGCGCUUGGCUCGUAUUCAUGAAUACGAUUACGGAACGACGAAGAAGGUGGAUGUAAACGGUGCCUGUUAUCUGAAGAUGAAGCGACGAGAAUCCUUCUUGUUCCCUUUGGAUAAUUAUGACAAACAAUGGUUCCAAAUCAAUAAUUCAAGGACGGAGUACGUGGACUACCACAUGAACGCGACCAUGACUUCAAUCAAGUAUUAUACUCUGGCGCAAGCUGGCAUGGCCGUCAAGGUCACCGAGGAUAGAAUCAUCAUUGGAGCACCAGGCUUGCUGGUGUGGUCAGGUGGAAUAGUACAAUAUGCUUAUAAUCCCGCUGAAAGUAGUAUAAGUUAUUCUCAACAAGCAACUUUCAACCCGUACUUCACGUUCGAUGUUCGCCCUGAUGAAUACUAUGGAUACAGCGUGGAAUCUGGUGUGUUCGAGGAUGGCGGUAAAACCCUCUAUGUAGUAGGUGGUCCGAAGGCAAAAAAAGGCUUUGGAAUGGUUCUAGUGUUAGAACCCGCCUCUACAGAAAUGGCGCCACUCAAGAUCCUUGCCAAACUUAAAGGCCCUCAACUCGGUGCUUAUUUUGGCGCUAGUCUUUGUUGCGUGGAUAUUAACGCCAAUGACAGAAUGGACCUUCUAGUGGGCGCACCUAACUAUGUGAAGCAGUUUUAUAAAGAGGAUUUCUAUGACCAAGGAGCAGUCUUCGUUUAUUUAAACAAAGAACAGGCUACAGGUUUUGUUCUCGAGUACACUGGGCAUGUGACCGGAUCAAAAAGCAAUGGAGCUAAGUUUGGAUACUCUAUGGCAGAUCUAGGAGACAUAGAUGGAGAUGGAUACAACGAUAUGGCUGUCAGCGCCCCCUGGGAAGAUGAGGGUGCUGGUGUUGUAUAUCUUUAUAGAGGACAUAUAAAAGGGCUUAGAACUCAUUACGAGCAGAGAAUCGUGGCGAGUGAAGCUCGUGGAUUUGGUAUGGGUUUAACAAAAGGCUAUGAUGUAGACCAUAACAACUGUAAUGACCUGGUUAUUGGAGCUUACAAAACGGACGCAGUUUAUAUGUAUAGAUGUAUUCCAACAGUGAAAGUUGAAGCAACUAUUAAGGUACCGGAGGCAUUAAACAUGCCGCAAAACACAACGAACUUCACUGCUGAAUUUUGCGUAAAAGUACAGCCGCUAAAAGAUUAUAGGACUGUAAUCAAGAUGGAAUUUAUUGCAUCGGUAACUAUAGAUCCCGAGGAAAAGCGAGCAAUGAUUGCUGGAAAUUCAACACACUUGUACACAGUAUUAGCUACGCCUUUAUCCGACAAUUGUGCGAUUAAACUUGUUGAAAUCGAGCCCACAGCUGAUCUAUCAAGACCUAUACGGAUAAUAUUUGAUAUGGAACCUAUUGACAGAAUGCAAGUCAAUGUCACUGAGUUUAAAAUGGACGCCGGGAGAGUAUCUGAAGAUUCCAAUUUACACUCGAGCUUGAACCUUCAAUUGGAAAAAGAAUGCGGAAAGGAUCUUGUUUGCUCACCGUGGCUCGAAAUGAAGUUGGAACCAUUCAAUGAACCUUACAUUCCAGGUUCUGGAGGAAGACUUGGGGCUAUCGUCAGAGUGGUCAGUAAGGAAGAACCGGCGUUUGGAGUACGCGUCAACUUGACCUUGCCUUCUCUGCCUAAGAGGGUGCCCACGACAUGCUUCUUAGAAGGAUUCAUCUUGUCCUGUAAUCUGCCUUCACCUUUCUACCGAAACCAAUCAGCAGUGUGGGAAGUAGAAGUGGAGUACACCAAUGACUUGAGAGAUAUGGGUGUAGCCAUGAUAGAAGCGAGCAUUGAUGAUCCUGUAACUAGCCGAAAUAUCAGCGAUCACUCUUCUCAGUAUCUAGAGAUCUCUAUUAUUACUGUAACGAACAUUAGCGCUACUGGAAAAGCACUACCAAAUGCAACAUUGGCAGUUUCCAGAGAAAAUUUGGAUGAAGGUGGCUCUGUGCCAAUUAUCCAUUAUUUUCAAGUCACCAACUCGGGACCAUCCGAUUGUCAUGAUUUGAGUAGCACAAUACUUGUCACGGGAAAGGUAUCCCUUGCCUCAAAAGAAAUAGCCGACUGUGAAGAGAGCUGGGACUCGACAGUUUGGUCCUGGCGUGCUCUUGGUCUGUGAAUGCCAUGCAGUCAAUGCCUGUGGUGGUAGCACUUCGCUAUGAUCUUGACGCAAACGGAGAAUCUCUCACGGCAGAUACAACACACAACGUUACCUCAACUUUAUUCCUAGGCCAACAAAAUAAAACUAUCAGCACUAUCACCCUCACAACAACAUUGAUUUUGGACCCCGUUCCUGAGCUUUGGAUAGUAUAUGUAAUAUCUAUAACUAUCGGGCUUCUGUUGCUGGCUAUUUUAUCUUAUACUUUGUACAGAUGCGGGUUCUUUUCGCGAAGAAAUUCUCAAGAGUUAAAAGAACGUCAGAAAAGCAAGAAACUUCUUCAAGAACCUGUAUGUUCUUAUACUCCCCAUUCUCAAUCAGAACCUGUGGCCGCUAGUACAUCGAAUGACGGAAUCCUCUUUGGACCAAGCUGUUCGUCUUACGACAACGGCCUCCCAGCAUUUACUUUUCAAGGCCCGUCUACUUCUAUGGAAUACCAGCAAAGUGUGGAACUGAACUGUUCUAAUUUUCCGACAAAUAUUUCAGAGGCAACGGCCAUUUACAAGUCUCUCCAAAUACAGCUAUCUUUGGAGUCAGAUUCUUAACAUCUCUGAUUAUAGGUUAAUUAAACUUGAAAAUGUCGUCAUAUUUGAUAAUUUCUUGAACACUUAUUUUACUAGAAAAAAAUUAAAAAUAAAUAUAAUUCAAAGACUACUUUACUGUUUUUUAAUUUCAGUUACCAGACACAUGAAAAUGUAAAUACUUACUCUUUAUAUCGUCCUGAGACCAAAAUAUAGGUUUAAAUAAAUACCUUAUUGCAGAGUAGGUACGGUACGGGAAACAGAACAUAUAGUACAUGUAGAAAUUAGGUAGGUUAGGCAAAAGUUGUUAUAUGUUUUUAAUGAUUUAUAAAUAUUUAACACACAAAAAGA